AUGGGUAUCCUGAAAAACGUCCUCGAGCCCGGUGCGAUCGCGGCUAUAUUCACCCUCGGGGCAUGGAUCAACCGGCGCCAUGAUCGUCGUUUUGUCAAUGACCCUAUCUGCGCACCACUCUUGCACGAAGCCGACAUUGAGCAAGAACAGGAUGGCGAGCCCGGAGAAGACACGGUGACCGAGACAUCCGGACGCAAACCUCGACUCUCACUUCAAUCCCGCGCACUGGCGCGAUAUCCAUUCCUUCUGGAGAUAUGGUACUGGCUGCUCAUUUACUGGAUAUACCAAGGCGCUCGAGCGAUCUCAGCAAGAGUCAUCGCCAACAACGAAGCCAUCUUCUCCAAGGCCGAGAACCUCGCUAUCCAAAUCCUCUCCUUCGAGCACCACCUACACAUCGACAUUGAACUCCCCGUCCAGCGAUUCAUCCUCACCAAAGCACCCCGGCUAAUGGACAUUCUCGGGGGUAUAUACUACUCCCACAUCGUUCUCGGUGUCGCAUUCUACGUCUACACCUACACCUACCUCCCAACCAACAGAUACCAGACUAUCCGACGCACCCUAGCCUUGAUGAACGUCAUCGCCUUCAUAAUCCUGUCACUCUGGCGAUGCGCACCUCCGCGACUCCUCCCGGAAGACUUCGGAUUCAUCGACGUACUUCAUAGAGGAGAUUCCGGGUCUGCGUGGACGAGGAAUAAAUUCCAAUUAACCAUUGCCGCGAUGCCGUCGUUGCAUUUUGGUAAUUCGGUGUUUAUCGCGUUUUGUCUGGGUGUGUAUAGUCCGCACGUGUUUCUUCGGGUUGUUGCGAUGUUGUGGCCCGUCUUGAUGGGGUGGACGGUGAUUGCGACCGCGAAUCAUUUCGUUCUUGAUAUGGUGGUUGGCGUUGUGGUUGUUGGGUGUGCGUAUUGGUUUAAUUGGGUGAUGUUGAUGCUGUUACCGGUUGAGAGGGUGUUGUUUCGUUUGAUUAGAUUGGAGAAGCCUCGGCAGGGAUCU